AGCAAACUUGCACCAGUCUCUUUCAAAGUCGAGUAGAAAAGCAUAACUGUCACUCUUCUCUGUCCUCUGGGCCAUCAAUACUAUCCCAGUGCCCUCAACGAUCUUACGCUCGCACUCAAUUUACGAUUUCAUGCACGCGGCAGCAUUGAUGAUGUGGGCGAGAGUGUACAACUUUUUUCGUAACACUGCUUCCCUGUGCCCCGAGGGUCAUGCCGGUCGUGCUUUCUGUCUGAAUAGUUUGGCCUUUACUCUCCAGUCCGGCUUCGAUUACCAACACAAAUAUUUUGACUUCUACGAGUCCAUUUUUUUGCACGAAGGGGCGCUGCGCCCGUGUCCUGUUGGGCACGAAAUUCGUCCUGUCUCAUUGGACAACCUAGGGUGAGCCCUCCUCAC